AUGGCUUCGGUUGUCGCUGCUGCUCGCCUGGCGCUGGUCUUGGCAGUAUUGCCCCUGGCCGUCAUGGCGUCCUCCCCGUCGGUCAUGUCCACCGUCAUCUCGUUCUGCCCGGACGAGCACUUCUCCUGUGCCUCCCCUUCCACUGUUCGCGCACCGUCUUCGCCCGCCGACUGCGUGCCCUUCUUUCCCGAUCACGCUGACGUGGCAGCCAGCUACGUCAUCGUAUGGGACGCUCAACGUGGCAUCAGCACACCGCAUUCCGUGUGUCGCGCGCUCACCUUUUGGGACUCGCCCGACUGCGCGCGCUCCUCCGCGUCCUUUUCCGUGAACAUGCCCGGAGAGCUCCUCUCCCCGCCCGGCACUACCCCUUCCGAAACCAUCGCGGCCGCGCGUCGGGCAGAGGCUCAUUCGCACAGCGCAACGAGCGGCUACUUCGGCCCCACUCCUACGUACGCCUCGAUUGGCUCCGUGAGUUGCGCGCAAGUCGACGAGAUUGAGCCGCUCAUCCACGGCGAGUCCGCGCAACAGCCGCUGCCCGUCACCACGGUCUACGAGCCCGCUGCUGACGGUGGCGCUUGUUCCUGCAGCGCCAUGCCCACCGUCGCCAUUGUCGCUCUCAACGGUGGCAGCAGCAGCAGCGAGAGGAGGCGCGAAGGGCUCGACGGCGGACGAGGCAGAGCUGCUGACAAAACACGGCGCGCUGGCGGGCGCGACGAGAGGCGGAGGGCUGCUGGGAACCGCGCGCGUGCACGACGUGAGCGGCGAGGAGGGUCCGGCUGGAGCUGUAUGAGAAGCAAAGCUUUUGGCGUCUCCUUACGAAGCGUUGCUUUUGAGCGUGUGUGCUACUGUGCUGGCUUGAAGAGGGGACUUAUGCAAGUAAUCUCGUUGCAUGGCUGA